AUGUUUAACUUACGCAAAUCAUUAAAAGUGAUUUUUGAAACAUUAGUAAAAGUUUUUAAAUUAAUUUUUCACUUGGUGAAAAUAUCUUGUAACUCUUUUGCGUUUUCUGUAAAAUCGUCCUUGCGUUUUUUGUACCAAAGGGCUACAGGUUUUCUUAGGAAUGUGGGCGAUGAGACUGGCAUUUUGGCCUUAAAAUUGAUGUUUAAUCGGAAUUUACAUAUCAUCGAAAGAAUUUUCUGGUUCCUAACAUUCGUUGUGGCCAUUUAUGGGGCUCUUUUCAUAACGAAAUCUCAAAUUAUACGGCAUUUAAAAUCGCCUACAGUUAUAUCAGUCGAUCGUAAUUAUCGUGAUUGGGUGGGUUAUAUGCCGGCUAUAACUCUGUGCUAUUACGAUCAUAUCGAUUCAUAUAAGGCCAAUGAAUAUAUAUUGGAAAAUUGGAAUGUUUCCAUUGUCGAUGAGGAAUAUUUUUAUUUUAUGGACUUUUUAUAUGCUGUAGUCAAUGCUAGUGCUACCAAUUAUGCUGAUUUGGCUAAAUUUUCUGAAGACGAACGAUUUGAUGAUGUGGAUUUGUAUGAUAUUAUCACAGCUAUUGAUAAACCUUUUGAACAGAUUAUAAAUACAUUUGAGGGAAAUUUUGAAAUAUCCGUAACAACCGCCAUGACGGAAAGAGGUUCGUGUUAUAUUAUCAAUUCAGCUAUAGGUGAGGUAUUGGGAGCAAGUUUUCAAGGUUUUGAUGAUUUAAAGAAACCUUUAAAAUGUAAGUUUGGUAAACAGCAGUGUUUUAUUAAAAUUGAUCUGCUGGAAAGUACAGGAGUGAUAGAUGUUCAUUCACCUUUCGAGAUAUCUUCAACGGAUUCCAGUUUUAUAGCUUUACAGAAAUCGGAUGAAAUUAUUGCUUCUUAUAAAGUCGUAGAAACGAUAGAAACCCCCAAUUUGCGAGAUCUCAGCUUUGAACAGAGAAAGUGUGUUUUCAAUGAUGAAGAAACUUCCGAAUUAAGGAUUUACAGCAAAACUUUAUGUUUGGCAAAAUGUCGAGCUAUGAUGGCCAUGGAAAUGUGUGAUUGUGUGCCCUUCUUUUAUACAUUUGUUGAUCAAAAGUCUUGUAAUCCUGCUGGUUUCGAAUGUCUUCUCGAUUUUAAAUGGCCCGUUUGGGCAUUGCAUAUUUGCAAAUGUCCGAAUACUUGUAUUGAAAUGGAGUAUACCUUGCAGACGGUUAAGAAAAGUUCUUGGGGCGUAAGUAAUUUAGAUGAUUCUGGUAAAUCGGAUGUUGUUACUUCAAGCUUUCGUUGGGACUUAAUACCGCCUAAAGUGCGUUUUCGUCGUGAUGUAGUGUUUAGUUUUGAAGACUUAUUGGUAUCAUUUGGCGGUACUUUGGCUUUAUUUCUCGGCUUUAGUAUUUUAUCGCUCAUCCAUUUUAUUUAUGCAUUGGUUAAACGAGUUUUUGAAGAUUUUUACGAUUUGUUGCGUUUGAUUUUUGGGUCAUCAGAAGAUGUAAUCGAUUUGGAGAAUAAUGCUGGUGAUCUGGAUUUGCUAGAGGACAACCAUGAUAGUUCUUUAUUUGAAUUUGUUAAUUGA